GAAUGAUUUGUUAAGAGCAUUGUAAAAAAAAAACAUUUUCGUAUUACAGCAUUUAACUUUUGCUGUGCAAGUUAGCCAAUUGUUCUUUUGUUGUACUUAGAUCCUCAUUUACUUUUUUGUUUGAGGCUAAGCUCAGGUAUUUUUUUAAAAUUUAUUUUUAAAUGAAAGUGGAAUUCUGCAUAGUUUGACGAAACACUCGGGAAUUGUAUUUUGUAUUCAAAUUGAAUGCUUUUGUUGCCUUUCCAAAAUACAGUGAAAUUGUUCAGGGACACUUCAGAAAUAACCAAGUUAAACUUUAAUUAACAUUACAAAAACAUUGCUUUGAGAUGUUACCAUUGAAUCCCAAACCAGCAAAACUGAGGGGCACCUUCCCACAAUCCUUUGCUACUGAUGGUAAACAAUACAUCAGCAGAAAGAUGGCGUAGUUUUCCCAAUUUCACGUGGAUUUAAGAGCCUAUUUUAAUGAGUUAGCAUCAUUUUUAUUUAUUUAUUUUAAAUGUACUUUUCGGUUGUACUUACUCUGCUCGCCCGAUGACCCUUCUGCACAUUUUUUAUUUGAUUCAUCCUACAGUACACCCAAUUUCAAUCUGUUUAAUGCAGUGCUUACCGUUAUUAAAAUGCCGACAGCAAACGGUUUAAUCUUCUUGCCGUCGAACGGUGGCUAUCCAAGCAGACUGACGACUGUAGAUUUCCCACGCCUGCGAUUGCUUCCAGGUCGAGAAUUUGGAAGGAAAAAAAUGAGUUUCUUUUUGCGGUUGUCGUUUCUGUAGCCAAGGACACAACAAAAACGAACCAUAGCCGCGAUCUCACACUGUACUGUGAUCUCCGACAGUUCUUCUAUUGCUGUUUUUUUUUUUUCCUGUUUACUUCUUCUUUUGACCAGGAAAUAAGACAUUCUUUAUUUUUGCUCACUCUCGUCAUCUAUCGUCACUAUAUGAUAUUGCUCUUAACAUAUACUUGCGUAUUUUCUUUGCUGUUUUAUUUAUUUAUUUAUUUAUUUUUCAAAUCAUUUAUAUUAAAAAAAAAAGUAAUAUUUGGUUUUUUUAAGUUUCCCCUUGUUAAUUUUUAAUUAUUAAACACCAGAAACUAGUGGUUUUCAUACAUAAAUUUACCAUAGCUUGUACAUGCACUGUUUACCCCAACCUGUAAGGGGCGCUCAUGCAUACAUACUGCCAGCUGUGAAAAGCAACGAGGAAAAAUCCCGCACAUGUAAACAUUGCGCGUGUCUCGUUUACAAACAACGUAGGUCUGUUUUUGGAGUGUUUCGCAGCUGAGUCACAGAAUGGAGUUUGAAAACACAAAACCAUAUUAUUUCGGAGAUAUCGGCUGCUGGUCCGAGAGAACCGAGGUCCACAUGGCAGCGUCGAUGGGUCGGGCUUCACUUCUGCAGCACCUCAUUGCAUGUGGUGUGUCUGUCAACAUUGUGGCUGUGGACUCGAUGACACCCCUGCACGAGGCCUGCAUCCAUGGGCAGGUCCAGUGUGCAGAGUUGCUGCUGGACGCUGGAGCACAGGUGGAUGCGAGAAAUGUGGACGGCAACACUCCACUUUGUGAAGCCUGUGCUGUGGGCAGUUUGGCUUGUGUGAAGCUCUUGCUGGAACGAGGUGCCAAGGUCAACCCUUCUCUGACCUCCCGUACUGCCUCACCGCUUCACGGGGCCUGUAUGAGCGGCAACUCGGAAUGCGUAAAGCUCCUGAUUGCUAAGGGUGCUUCACUGGAGGCGUACGACCUUUACUGCGGGACCCCGCUGCAUGUAGCCUGUAAUGAUCAACACACAAACUGUGUGAAAGAGCUGCUCAAUGCGGGCGCCAACGUGAAUGCCGUCCGGUUGCACCGCACCCCGCUCCAUCUGGCUGCAAAAGGUGCGCAAGUGGAGAUGAUCGAGGCCCUCAUGGAAUUCGGCGCCAACAUUUAUGCCCGGGAUAAACACGACAAGAAACCCAUCGAUUUUGCCACACCGGUCUCUCCAGUUGCCGCCUGCCUGCGGUCCUACGAAGCCAACCCUUUGAAUCUCCAACAGCUCAGCAGAUUAGCAGUGCGGCGACAACUGGGAACCAGAGCCCUUAAAGUUGUAGUCCAACUCAAGAUACCAAAGCUGAUUAUCAGCUACCUCAGCUAUCAGUGAUUCGAAGCCUGAAGAUGAUCGUCUUAAGAAACUGGAAACUCGCAAAGAAACAAAGUGCUGAAUGAAUCCAGUAGUUGCAUAUAGUAGUUAGUUAUGUCUGUAUAUUUUAGUUACCUUAAUUUCUGUUUAUGUGAUUAUUUUACUCUUUGUCUGCCUUUGACGGCAAUAGAAAACAGAAGAAGGUCAUGAAAGAAGCCAAGUUUGGCAUCCCCGUGUAAUAUUUUACUUUGCCGUCAUUGUUUUGGAAGAAGCCAUCGAGCAUCUUGAACGCGUCCAGCUCUCGCCUGAGCCGCAAGUUCUCUUCCACUAGGUGGCUGACUUCCGCCGCCCUCUGGAUACAAAAGCUGCAUUCUGUCAAAGUGUCCACUUCAACUGAUUCCUCUUCUUGCUUAAUUUCCUUAGUUCCAAAUCCAGAGCUAUCGCCACUGCAUUCCGUGUUCUCCGGUGCUUGUAGUUCUAAUUUGACAAUUUGAUUCUUUUUGACAUUCUCCGUAAACUCGCAGAGCAUCGGCUCUUCUGCGGUCGACUCUCGCUCCUUUAGAACGUGCUCGACCCGAGAUUUCCAUACUUUUGACGAACGUGGGUCGUUGGCGCGUUCGUUCGGGUCAUUUUCCAUUUCGUGCGCCGGUUUCACUGCGAUUGAAUGAAAGGAACAACAUCACUACAAACUCUUUGAGCGACUGCAACAUUAUAUACUGUGGGGCAAAUAAGUAUUUAGUCAACCACCAAUUGUGCAAGUUCUCCUACUUGAAAAGAUUAGAGAGGCCUGUAAUUGUAAACAUGGGUAAAGCUCACCCAUGAAAGACAGAAUGUGGAAAAAAAAAACAGAAAAUCACGAUGAUUUUUUAAAGAAUUUAUUUUCAAAUUAGAGUGGAAAAUAAGUAUUUGGUCACCUACAAACAAGCAAGAUUUCUGGCUGUCAAAGAGGUCUAACUUCUUCUAACGAGGUCUAACGAGGCUCCACCUGUAUUAAUGGCACCUGUUUUAACUCAUUAUCGGUAUAAAAGACACCUGUCCACAACUUCAGUCAGGCACACUCCAAACUCCACUAUGGCCAAGACCAAAGAGCUGUCGAAGGACACCAGAGACAAAGUUGUAGACUUGCACCAGGCUGGGAAGACUGAAUCUGCAAUAGGUAAAACGCUUGGUGUAAAGAAAUCAACUGUGGGAGCUAUUAUUAGAAAAUGGAAGACCUACAAGACCACUGAUUAUCUCCCUCGAUGUGGGGCUCCAUGCAAGAUCUCACCCCGUGGCGUCAAAAUGAUAACAAGAACGGUGAGCAAAAAUCCCAGAACCACACGGGAGGACCUAGUGAAUGACCUACAGAGAGCGGAGACAACAGUAACAACCAAAAUAGAACUUUUUGGUAAAAACACAGGUUCUCGUGUUUGGAGGAGAAAGAAUACUACAAUAAUAAUAAUAAUACAUUUUAUUUAUCACGCACUUUACAUUUGAAAAACAAAUCUCAAAGUGCACAUUACAUUUUAUUUUAUUUACAUGUUAUGUAAAAAAAAAUAAAAAGACUAAGAAUAGAAGAGUAAAAGCAAAAAUAGACAAACAUUGAUAAAAUUAGCCAGGGUAAGCUUUUUUAAAAGGUAGGUUUUUAGUCCUUUUUUAAAGGCAUCCACUGUCUGCGGGGCUCUGAGGUGGUCUGGGAGGGCGUUCCAUAGACGUAGAGCAGCAGCUGCAAAAGCCCUGUCGCCCAUAGUCUUGAGCCGAGUCCUGGGCGGGGGUAGACGGUGCAGUUGGCCUGACAGGGUUCUGGCUGAAGUAUUUGGUGUGAGGAGUUUGGUGAGGUAGGUGGGGGCUACACCGUGUAGACAGUGAUGGGUGUGAUGGAGGAUUUUGAAUUCAAUACGGAGGUGAACAGGGAGCCAGUGUAGGGUGUGAACACUGAAUUGCAUCCGAAGAACACCAUACCCACUGUGAAGCAUGGGGGUGGAAAUACCAUGCUUUGGGGCUGUUUUUCUGCCAAGGGACAAGGACGACUGAUCUGUCUAAAGGAAAGAAUGAAUGGGGCCAUGUAUCGCAAAAUUUUGAGUCAAAAUCUCCUUCCGUCAGCAAGCGCAUUGAAGAUGAGACGUUGCUGAGUCUUCCAGCAUGGCAAUGAUCCCAAACACACAGCCAGGGCAACAAAGGAGUGGCUUUGUAAGAAGCAUCUCAAGGUCCUGGAGUGGCCGAGCCAGUCUCCAGAUCUCAACCCCGUAGAAACUCUGUGGAGGGAGUUAAAACUGAAAGUCCGUGUUGCCCAACGACAGCCCCAAAACAUCACUGCUCUAGACGAGAUCUGCAUGGAGGAAUGGGCCAAAAUACCAGCAACAGUGUGUGAAAAGCUUGUGAAGAGUUACAGAAAACGUUUGGCCUCCAAUAUUGCCAACAAAGUAUGAGAUGAACUUUUGGUAUUGACCAAAUACUUAUUUUCCACCAUGAUCUGCAAAGAAAUUCUUUAAAAAUCAAACAAUGUGAUUUUCUGUUUUUUUUUUCCACAUUAUGUCUCUCAUGAUUGAGGUUUACCCAUUUUGACAAUGACAGGCCUCUCUAAUAUCUUCAAGUGGGAGAACUUGCACAAUUCCUGGUUGACUAAAUAGUUAUUUGAAGGCCUUUGUCGUCUUCUUACAGCAAGAAAGCGCUUCGUGCUGCUUCCUCCAUCGUCGUAUCAUGGACUCGUUAACGCCUAGCUCGUGCGCCGCCGAGCGAUUGCCCUUUACGAUCGCAAGGUCGAUCGCCUGCAGCUUGAAGGCCGCAACGUAAGCAGUACGUUGCGUCUUCGACAUGGUGAGGCGCUUGUUCAAUCCGGAAUAAAGCUUCAAUCUGUGUGAAUUUCAUUUGGAAAUGUGAACAGUAAAUAUAUUUAGAGUAGAUUUUUUACCCCUGAAACCUACCUGUGUAUUUGCAGCAAAAAAAGAAAGAUGGGGGGGGGGUCAAAUCAACGCGUCUUGAAGUGGGCAAGCAGCAUGUUCUGGUAAGACACAAUAAAGAUUAUUUUCACUCAUUAGAAGUUCUGUAAAAUGUAGAAUCACUUUGAAUCCAAUUUUGAUGCUUCAAGUAUCCGUUUAGUUAGGGUGGUGUUGUAAUGGUUUGUUUUGAACGUUUGCAUUUACAGUGGGGAGAACAAGUAUGUGAUACAUUGGCAGUGUAUCACAUACUUGUUCUCCGCACUGUAGUUUUUUUGAUUUGGGUGGAUACAUUGCCUUCUAGUGGCAGCAGUGAAUAUGGGUGAAUCUAGCUGCUUCCUGUUAAGACCAACAUAAGGUAAGUUUUUUUUUUUUUUUUAAUGCAGUCGUUAUUUAGUUUAUAGGUCUAUUUAGCCGUUUUUGUGGGACUAUAUGUCUGAAUGAUUUGUUAAGAGCAUUGUAAAAAAAAAACAUUUUCGUAUUACAGCAUUUAACUUUUGCUGUGCAAGUUAGCCAAUUGUUCUUUUGUUGUACUUAGAUCCUCAUUUACUUUUUUGUUUGAGGCUAAGCUCAGGUAUUUUUUUAAAUUAUUUAUUUCUAAAUGAAUGUGGAAUCCUGCAUAGUUUGAAGAAACACUCAGGAAUUUUAUUUUGUAUUCAAAUUGAUUGCGCUUUUGAAAGUGCAAUCUUAGCAAGCCUUUAUUGCCUUUCCAAAAUACGGUGAAAUUGUUCAGGGACACUUCAGAAAUAACCAAGUUAAACUUUAAUUAACAUUACAAAAACAUUGCUUUGAGAUGUUACCAUUGAAUCCCAAACCAGCAAAACUGCGGGGUACCUUCCCACAAUCCUUUGCUACUGAUGGUAAACAAUACAUCAGCAGAAAGAUGGCGUAGUUUUCCCAAUUUCACGUGGAUUUAAGAGCCUAUUUUAAUGAGUUAGCAUCAUUUUUAUUUAUUUAUUUUAAAUGUACUUUUCGGUUGUACUUACUCUGCUCACCCGAUGACCUUUCGGCACAUUUUUGAUUUGAUUCAUCCUACAAUACACCCAAUUUCAAUCUGUUUAAUGCAGUGUUUACCGUUAUUAAAAUGCCGUCAGCAAACGGUUUAAUCUUCUUGCCGUCGAACGGUGGCUAUCCAAGCAGACUGACGACUGAAGGAGAUUUCCCACGCCUGCGAUUGCUUCCAGUUGGAGGAUUUGGGGGGGGGGGGGGUGAGUUUCUUUUUGCGGUUGUCGUUUGUGUAGCCAAGGACACAACAAAAACGAACCAUAGCCGAGAUCUCACACUGUACUGUAAUCUCCAACAGUUCUUCUAUUGCUGUUUUUUUUCUGUUUACUUCUUCAUUUGACCAGGAAAUAAGAAAAU